UGCUUGCGCGAUGACAACAAAUAUGGCAAACGCCCUCAAUGGCAAAAUAUUCAUGCGAAUAUUUUGCACAUUGGCUUUAUUUAUGUUUCCAGACAGAACGGUUCAGGCUGACUCCACUGCCAAAACUACCACUGCUGAUGACCAGUUGGUGAUGUUGACAAAACGAAUGAGCGAGUUGGAACUUUCGUAUUCCAGAGAUGUGGGCGAGCUUACCAAACGUGUGCAGGAACUCUCGGAUUUACGCGAAAUUGAUAAGCGCGAGAUGACGAGGUUGAAUCAACAAGUAAGAAAACUACAACUUUUGCACGUAAAACACGUACACAAGACCUCAAUUUUGACUCAGCGUAUCGAGGAAAUCGAUCGUCGUUGUGAUGAAUAUGAACAAGUGGAUAUAUCUAAGCAAAUACCUACGCCAUCAGAAAACGAAUUGCCGCGUUAUAAUACAAGUGUGAUACCACUUUCGUCAAAUGCCAAACCUCGAGAAACGAUGAUUACGGGGAAUGACAGGUCGACAUCUCGUAAAAAUCUGAGAUCCAAAUUUAGUGAGAGGUCGGGCAGGAGCCAGUCCAGGCCAACGAGAUUGAUUAAUCGUGUCAGUUCGGUUGAGGACAAUGUGGCAUUCCAUGCUAUCCUUGCAAACACGAUAUCCGAUCCAUCCACAAACCACCCGGUGAUAUACAACCAACUCAUGUUCAACACUGGAGGCGCCAACUACAGCACAAAUACUGGCGUCUUUAGGUGCCCUAGUGCUGGAAUUUAUGUUUUCUCUUGGUCCAUAUUUGUGAGGAAGAAUCAGUACAUUUAUACUGAAUUGGUACGCAACAAUGACGGGAUAGGGUCCAGUUUAGCAGGCGAGGACACAAUCAGCUACACAGCAGGAUCUGCAACUGCCGCAACACACCUGGAGGUCGGAGAUGAGGUAUGGGUACGUGUAUGUGGCCACGAGAGUGGAUCAGAUGUAUUAGCAAAUCUAUCCAUGUUCACUGGCUUUCGCUUGUGAUGAAAUCAAUCUUAUUCCGCAAGUUGUAAUAUUGUUACAAAUAAACAUGAAGAUUAAAAGUAUUUGGUUGAUUAGUAAUUAUUUUCGAUGCAAAAGAAGGGUUUGAUGGUAAAUUGUUUGUUAUUGGUCCAAGUUAUUAUUUCACUCAGAAGUGUAUAGUGCUCUAUACGUUUAAAAUGCAUUUAAGGAUUUGUACACCGAAAGGUCUUUUUGUGUUAUG